AUGGCUAUGAGACAAAUCGUAAAAUGCUUUUACCGUCAGCGCGAAGAUUUAAAAAUGGAGAAUGAAAGAUUAGUCGCCGAAAAUGCCGAUUUAACGGAGGAAAAUAAGAAAACGCUCAACUUAAAAUGGAAAUCGAUUUCAGAAAAAGACAAAGAAACUCAAGAG